CAAAAUCACCAACAAUUAUACUCUCGACAGAGGAUGCUAAUUGCUUCAAUGUGUAGGUCAGCAAAAUUCUGAUUGGUUCCAAAACCUAGAUAAACUUAGACAGUUUCCACAUAUGGACACAAGCUUGAAUCAUAUCUUCUGACGACUAUUUUGGUGACAAGUGUUUAGAGGUCAGACGCAAUGCGUCUCUCCAAAGACGUAUAUCUGAUACGCUGGACAUCGGCAGUGGAACGUUUGUCCUGGGACUGUCUGAGCUUCUACCUGUACAGGCAGAUACUACACACUUACGCAGAGAAUGUAUCAGAACUGCAAGGCCGCCUAGCCCUAGCUAGAAUUUUAUCAGUAUGGUUCGUUACACACACACACACACACACACACACACUAUGAAGUCAUCAUCUUAGAGAGUAGAAGCACAGCAUAAAGCAGGAUUCUUUAAUAUCUCACAAGCGCACAUAAGGUUACACAUUUCACUCUUGCCAUAACUUGAUUAAUAAUCCAACAAUAUUUUAAUGAUAUAAUUAAUAUCAGAAGGAAGGAUAUGGUCAGGGCGGCAUCCACUUCAUCCUCUCCUUCAAAACACUCAGAAUAAAGUGAGAUGAUCUGCUGUUGAUCCUGAAUGUCUUGUUGAAUGAGUGUUGAUCGUCUGAGGCUCAUCAAUAUAAACAGAGCUGCUGAAAAGACUCUUUAUUUCAAGUCAAUAAUUCCUGUUUUCACCUCAUUUAUUAUGCUGAUGUCUUCAAUGAAAUGAGCUUUAAGUGGCAAAUUACAGGAGAUGUGCAGUGAUAAUUUAUUUUUUUUAUUUUGGCAGAUCAGCUCCUCACAUGCUGCAUUUCACCUUUAAUGAAGCUCCUCCCACAGUAAUCACAUCAUCAGUGAAGAUCCUCCCCCUGCAAUUCACCAAUAAAUGCUGGAACAUUUCCAUAAGUUUACAAGUGAAGACAAGCAUCAGAUCAUCAGGAAGAGAUGAAAUCUGCAACGACUGAGUUUAUUAAAGAGGACAGAGAGAAGAUGAGAGUUCCAGAACCCUGCAGAAUCAAACACACUGAAGAUACUCAAGAACAAACAGAGUUCAUUGAAGAAAACGAGGAGAAUGAAGAACUGAGUGAAGUUGAUGAGAAAAAUCAUGUUAAAACUGAAGAAAAACAUUUGAGUUGCUCUCAAACCAUACAGAAAGAUUUAAAGAAAAGAAGAGCCAAGAAAUCUUUCACCUGCACUCAGUGUGGAAAGAGUUUCACACUCAAAACAAAUCUUGAGCAUCACAUGAGAGUUCAUACUGGAGAGAAACCAUUCACUAAUGAUAAGUGUGGAAAGUGUUUCACACAAUCAUCAACCCUUAAGAAACACAUGAAGAUCCACACUGGAGAGAAACUGUACACAUGUGAUCAAUGCAGCAAAACAUUUUUGAGGGCUUCAGUCCUGAAGAAACACCUCAGAGUUCAUACAAAGGAGAAACCACAUUCAUGUGAUUUGUGUGGAAAGAGUUUUUCACUUCUACACAAUUUGAAAGUACAUCAGACAAUACAUACUGGUGUGAGAGAGUACAUGUGCUUUGAGUGUGAAAAGACUUUUACUACAGCAAAGUGUUUAAAACAGCACCAGAUGAUCCACACUGGAGAAAAACCUUAUAAAUGUUCACGCUGUGACAAGAGAUUCAGUGUGUCCACAAAUCUGAAAACACACGAGAGGAUCCACACUGGAGAGAAACCGUACACAUGUGAUCAGUGCGGGAAUAAUUUUGCACAAAAAGGACAUCUUACAGGGCAUAUGAGGGUUCAUACUGGAGAGAAGCCAUUCACAUGUGAUCAAUGUGAAAAGAGUUUCACACAAUCAUCAAGCCUUAAGGACCACAUGAAGAUCCACACUAGAGAGAAACUGUACUCAUGUGAUCAAUGCAACAAAACAUUUUUGUGGGCUUCAGUCCUGAAGAGUCACCAGAGAGUUCAUACAAAAGAGAAGCCAGAUUCAUGUAAUUUGUGUGGAAAGAGUUUUUCAUGUCUACAAUAUUUAACACUACACCAGAAAAUACAUGCUGCUGUGAGAGAGUACAUGUGCUUUGAGUGUGAAAAGACUUUUACUACAGCACGGUGUUUAAAAGUGCAUGAGAGGAUCCACACUGGAGAGAAACCCUACAAGUGUUCACACUGUGACAAGAGAUUCAGUCAGUCUUCAAGUCUGAAAAGACACGAGAGGAUUCACACUGGAGAGAAACCGUAUCACUGCACUGAAUGUGGGAAGUGUUUCGGUUGUUCAUCUUCUCUACACAGACAUACAAAAAACAUUCACAAUAAGUUUGCUGACUCUUUCAUGAAGGAAAGAAGAGCUGAAAUCUGCAAAGAGUUUAUUAAAGAGGACAGAGAGAAGAUGAGAGAUCCAGAACCCUGCAGAAUCAAACACACUGAAGAUAGUGAAGAACAAACAGAGUUAAAUGAAGAAAAUGAGGAGAAUGAAGAAUUGUGUGAAGUUGAGGAGAGAAAUCAUGACAAAAGUAGAGAAAAACCUUUGAGUUGCUCUCAAACUAAACGGAAAGAUUUAAAGAAAAGAAGAGUCAAGAAAUCUUUCGCCUGCACUCAGUGUGGAAAGAGUUUUACAUACAAAUCUCAUCUUGAUAUUCACAUGAGAGUUCAUACUGGAGAGAAACCAUUCACUUGUGAUCAGUGCGGGAAGAGUUUCAAACAAUCAUCACACCUCAAAGAUCACAUGAGCAUCCACACUGGAGAGAAGCUGUUCACAUGUGAUCAAUGCGGGAAAACAUUUUUGAAAGCUUCAAACCUGAAGAAACACCUGAGAGUUCAUACAAAGGAGAAGCCACAUUCAUGUUAUUUGUGUGGAAAGAGUUUUUCACUUCUACACAAUUUGAAAGUACAUCAGAAAAUACAUACUGGUGUGAGAGAGUACAUGUGCUUUGAGUGUGAAAAGACUUUUAUUUCAGCAAACUGUUUAAAACUGCAUGAGAUUAUCCACACUGGAGAAAAACCAUACAAGUGUUCACACUGUGACAAAAGAUUCAGCCGGUCAUUAAGUCGGAAAAGACACGAGAGGAUCCACUCUGGAGAGAAACCAUACAAGUGUUCACACUGUGACAAGAGAUUCAAUCAGUCAGUAAAUCUGAAAACACAUGAGAGGAUCCACACUGGAGAGAAACCGUAUCACUGCACUGAAUGUGGUAAGUGUUUCAAUAAUUCAUCUGCUUUACACAAUCAUACAAAAAACAUUCACAGCAAGUAGAUCAUCUUCAGAUCCAGCACUUUUACAUUUAUUACAUUGCAUCAUAUUUCUUUUUGAGCAUGGUCUGCAGAGAAAAUACUAAACUCAAAGUUUGAGACUGAAGUCUUGGAGCGCUGUGUUUCUUUACGCUGUUUAUUCCCAGUUUGAAUAACCGUUUUGUUUUGUUGCGAUUUCAAUUUUUAAUUUCUCUUUGGAGUGUUACAAGCUCUUGGUGCAUAAAGAAGAUCUGUAAAGUUGCAAAGACUAAAGCCGAGUUC